AAGGUCAUUUAAAUAUACUACACGUGAAAGGGACUUUCAUUCACCAGUUUCAAAGCUCCUCAAACAACAGGUGCAUUAAAGUAGCUGAAUUAUUGGUAGGACGUUGAUAUUGAUAAUUAAAUCUUGUUAAACCAGCGGUUCGCAAUGAGGUCUAACAAGUUUGCAAGACCGUUCGCCAUGUGACGCGAUCAUCAACUACACUUUCAAGGCAUUCCAUUACAAAGAGGAGAAGUGCUGUCUUGAAAAACUGUUUUGACAUUUAAAAAUAACCCUAAUUAAUCACUAUAAAAAGAACAAAACGGGUGGUAGAUAGAACUAUACAACUAAGGAAAUGUCCAUUUAAGCAGCCCGACAUCGAAUCUCGUUGAGAUAUUUGUUUUAUUAAAUAUUUUCCCAAUGGUUGUAGCUUGAAUCGCCUUGAUCAUUCGCUUUUCUUCUCAAGUUUAGAUUAUGCAUCGUCGACACUGAAAAUCAUUUUACGAAGUUACUGCAGCUAAAAUGCCAACUCUUGACGACAUAAUUGAGGGCGCUACUGAUAAAAGCAAACGGCAACUGCAAGAAGCUUUACUAGGGCUAUUGAAAGGGAAUCCAGACAUUUUAGAUUUGGUAACGAAAUCAAAGACGAAGACACUGCAGGACAAAAAUGAAAUUGUAAGUUUAUUUUUAUGAUUGUUCAUAACAAUAAGAAACACCAAAAGCUUAAGCUUCAGGAAAGCUUUGCCUUGGAACUUUUACAAGGGUAUACUCCUAAUAGCGUCAGUAUGUAUAUUCUCUAUAAUGGUCUUCAUACAUUUCCUAUGAUACAGACAAGGAGAAUAUGAUUAACAAUCAAGAAGUUUCUGCGUGGGUGGUCAUUUCCUGUAUUCUCAUGACCUUGAUGUUUGAUUCAGCUUUUAUAUUAUAAAGAGAAAUUAGAUGCUGGUCACUCUAUGGGGUGAGUUGGCUAACCCCCAUUGAACCUGCUAAGAAAUUUAUAUGUAACUUCUCAAAUGGAAUUUCAGUGCAUUAUUUAGCAGUUGUGAGAUGAGAAUAACUAUACUUAUCAGCUUAAGGUGACUUCUUCAUGAAAGACCAAAUUCUCUUAAUUUUAUUGAACAAAAAUGUAUAACAGCUAGAUGAGAGAACUUCUAAUCAGAUCAGGGGAAUCAGAGUUAACUCUUUGAUUUUUAUUAGUUAUUGUUAUGUUAUUCUCUAGUUGUUUCGUAAAAAAAGCUGUGGUUAUUCAUCAUGGUGAAUAACAAUAAAAGCUAAGUUUUUCAUUUGUCUCACAAUGUAGUCACGUGUGAUGCAGAUUGUAACGUUUCAACUGCACACCACUCGUCUUCUUCAGGCAAUGAGGUUGACUGGUCAUGCUUGAUCUUAUAAAGCAUGAUGCUCUGCUGUGAUUAGUUGAUUUUUUUUUUCAACAGCUCUGAUUGGUGCAUUUCGAUCCUUGCUGUUUCACACAGUGAUUUGCUCCCUUGGUGGUCCACUGUCGCACAACUCUCCUGUUGUUGUGUUUUUUGAUUGUGGGCAUCCACACUUCUGGAAUUUCUAUUCCACUAUCCAUGUUGAUGUUGUUAGGGUGAAGUCUUAUAUGAAUUGCCUCUUUGAACCUGCGCAUGUAGUAAUUAGACAAACUAAUUAAACAUAAACUUUACUUCUACUUCCAGAGUGGCUUGUGUCUGGUGUUGUGGGCAUCACACGUGACUACAUUGUGAGACAAUUGAAAAACUUAGCUUUUAUUCUCUUGUUGUUGUCAGUCAAUUCUGCAGACAAGAACCCUUCUCAGGACUACUCUCGCUUGGACAAUCAGGCGACAUGAUCAUGUUUUAUUUGAAGUAAAAAAAAUGUCACCUCUGAUUUGUAUUCUAUUCACAAAAUCUGUAGACUGCAAGAUGUGCAAAUGAGCAAGAUGCACAAUUACAGAGAAGCUCAUCACUGUCCCACCCGGAACUUGAAAACCAACUUAACCGGUCUCCAAGACCCAGAUAUCAGUGGCAGUUGUCUGACAGUGGUGAGGAUGAUCAAUUUUUUAAUAAAUAUGUUGAUGAUCAGUGAGCACAAAAGCUUGUGCUUGAGCCUAGAGGCCUGUUUAGGCAGCGCUUUUUCUGGUUUCCCUAGCAUGAAGUAACUUAGUGUAUUACUACUCCCACCAGAUGGAAUGCCAAUCCAGCACAUUGUUACAACCCCCCUCCCCUCCCUAGCAUUUCAUCAGGCUUCCCUGACAAGGAUGAGUAAAGGUAGGGUCCUGCUCACAUUUCACAUGCAUCAGAAAGGAGACAUAAUGCAUCAUGAAAAAUCAAAUGAAUAACUUUAAGGUUCAGGACUCAUGAAAAGCAAAACAUUCACAGCUCACAGGUUUUAAUUUUGUAUUUUCACUGGUCACAAAAAUUUUUAACACCCAAUCCAGUGUCAUGCAAUAACCCUUCUACCCCCUUCUAAAAAGUCACCAGUACCAGUUUAUACUCCUGGGUAAAGAGAGGCACCAUGAAAAUCAAUUUUUUUAGCCCAAGAACACAACUUGGUGACCUGGCCAGGCCUUGAACUUGGACUCUCAACAUGGAGUCCAGCACACUAACUUUUAGCCACCCAUGAUUAACUGACAUGGACUGAUUAAAUCUGUAGUGACUGCAUGCUUUGUUCUGAGCCAGGGAAAGGCUAGAAAACUCAGCAAAUUUCCAAGAAUUAGAUUUUCAUCUUGCAAUCCAAAAAUUUGAGCUUUUGAAAUGAAUAAAACAUGUUCAUUUCUAAAACACUAUGAAAAAUGUUCAGCCAAGAUUAUCUGUUGUAAUUUUUGUUUAAAGUGAUCAACUAAAGGAAAAAAUAUCAUUGUUUUUCAAACCAUUUGAAGGUACAUGUAAAUGUAAUGUGUAACUGUAAUCUGCACUGAAGGGGUACAAAGAAGGGUCAGGUAGUGAUUUUAAUUAGAGUUUAAUAUACCAAAAAAUCUCAGAAACUACCAUGGCAUUAUUGUGGUCAUUUUUGAUCCAUCCUUAUGCCUUGAAAGGUUUUGAAAAUUACAUUUACUUUCUGCUGUUGCAAUUUCCAUUUUUUUUUUCACAUUCAUUCAUUUAGAUGAUGGCAUAGACUCUACAUGGACUGCCACUACAAAGCACAUGUCACCUCGUGAACUUAGCAAAUGGCGCAAAGAGCUUUAUUCUAUUUACACAGGAUAUCUACCCUGUGACAUUACAAAGGUAAAGGGUUAAAAUUUAUUGUUUUAAACAUCAACAUUUAACAGUCUGAGGGUUGGUGUUAUAAGUGCCAAAUAGUACCUUGGAAAAUUACAGGCCUCAGAAAGUUUUGACUGAUUGCAAUAUCAUUACAGCCUUAAGUUAUAAUUAAUCUUGAAGUCUAGCAUUUUUUUUAAAGUCUGUUUGUUUGGCAUGUUUUGUUAUAGAUUUGGGUCUGUAGCAAGGGUAGCCAAGGGUAACAUUGAGUUAUGGUUGUGAACAAUAUUAGUCUGUGUAUCAUGUCCUGUCUGGUUGGGCACACAAUCCUAUGAGGUUCCUGCAUCUUGGGAGUCUCAGAUUUGACCAAUUACCACCCCCACACCCUACAGGUGGUACUUUAACAUUUCCUUUCUUCCAUAGAAAGAGCUAGUACAGCUGUUUGGUGAAGUUGGAAAUGUACAAGAUGUUCAUUUACAGCCAUCAAGAGGAGGAAAUUACACUUAUGGGUGUGUAUGCUUCUUUGGUAGACAAUCGCUUCUUGUCUUCAGUUUGAUUGAAGUAUUCUUAAUCUCUCUUCAACUGAUUAGUUCUGAGAAAUCACCAUGCACUGACAACAUCACCCAAAAUUGAUCAAAUCUCAGUGCAGGGAAUACCAAGCUCAUUCAUCCUGGAUCACCCCCUUCCAACCCCCUUUGAAAAAGAAAUAAAAACCAAAACAAAACCUGGCUAUCAUUGCCUCUGUCUGAAUAGCAUUACUAACAAAUUCCACUUUUCCUUUACAUAGAAGUACUUCCUCUCACAUUCCUUUGUAUUCACUAUGCCAUUGAAAGAAAGGAGACACAAAUUAAGUUGUUCUUGAUUUUGCUGCAGGUGUAUGUUUCAGUUUUUCAGUUUCUUUGACUUCACGAAAUUAAAUUCUCUCAAUAAAUACAUGAUAAAUUGUCGCUGCUUUUAUUUAAGAAAAAAAAUCAUUUAACACACAGGAUUAAGGACUUCAGAAAAGCCAGGAAAAGACUUACUUCCCUAAACUUCUCCGAAUUUCUUUGAUUAAAAACAAGCUAACAGAAAAUAAAGUUCUUGGAAGGUGGAAACACCAAUGUUCGCCAAGGGCAACCUUUUUUUUUACCUCCGGUUACCCACGGAGGGUCAUACAGAUUACAAAAAUGAUAUUUAUAACUAUCAUAACUGUUCAAUUCAAGUGUGAAAAACAUUUCCUAUCUAGAAAAAUGAUGUCUCACAAUGCUGGAAAUCAUGUCUCACAGGGUUUAGAAUUUCAAAUGUUUCUUUGGGAGCUUGCCCUCAAAAAACCCCGACGGGACAUGUUGCUUUGAGACAAACCAUGUUUGCUAUUCAAGCAUAAUUCAAUUCAGCUGCCUAAUAAGUUCAUUCAUGUACUGUAUCACAUUUUCCAAUGACAAUCUUGGCUCUGGAUAUUUGUACCUCAAUGGUUGCACCCUUUGUAGUUUCUUUUGCUGGUAAUAAAAAGUCAACACAACUAAAGUAUGUUUCCUAAUACUAUGCAAUACUUGAAUUAAUUGAAUAAUGACAAGUAAUUCAAAGUGGGAUUAUACAAAUUGCUUUACCACACUGUUGUGGUGUAAGGUAUACUCCAAAUGGAACAUUUUCAAAAUGGUAACAGAUAGGUCUGUCUAACACACCUUGCCAUCUUAAAAUUGAAAUAAAUGUAAACAUUUGUAUUAUGUCAAAAUCUUUUGAACAUAAACAUGAAUUGAAUUGAUUUUAAUCUGAAAUUGAUUUUUAUCUGAAAUUGAAUCAGUAUUAUGCAGAUACCAAGUACAGCCUGAGUGUUGCUGGGGUAUAAUUCUAGUACAAAUAAGAGAUAUUUAGAUUCUAGGAUAAGUUAACUUGGAUUACAUGAAUUAACCUAAAGUUGUUGGUGAGAUACUCAUUAAAUAGAUAUCUUACAAAUUGAUGAGCAACACAGGUUUAUACUGGCUCACUUAUUUCCUGUAAGAAAAUCUCAAACUCAUAGUUGCACUUGUCCUAAAGUACUGUUCCAAUCUGAAGCUGAAAUGGUGUUGUCUGGAAACCAAGAAAAUAAUGCUAGAUACACUACUGAAAGUGAAAGACAGUAAUAUUCCCACAAAACACUGGCUGCAUGAAAAGAAAAAUGCUUUGGUAAAACAUAAAGAUCCACAUCCACUCUAAUAAUUGUUUCAAAUCCAAUCAAGGCCAGUCCAGUGUGAACAAAGCCUAAAAUUUAUGCCGUAAGGACAAUUUUAGAAGACAAAUUGUACAUAAACUCUGAUAUGUUGAAUGUUGACAAUAACUGUCUCUUAAAAAUAUUGUAACUCUCUGUAUUGUCUCUCUACAAGCCUUCUGUAUAGCUACCCUACCCCACUCCUCGCUAAUUAGCUGAACGGUAUCAGAUGUUAAAUUUGCGAUUUUUAGUAAAUAAAGAAAUUAUUUGUAAGAGAAAUGUUACCAAAUUCAUUCUAAUACAAAGAACUCUUAUUUAAUGCGCCUUUGGCCAUCCGCUUUGGUCGUCUUAGAAAUUCGUCGAUUGCUCGAACACAGUGCUUCCAAGUAUUCACCUUUUCAUCAGAUGCGAUUGCAUACACAUCAAACACGGUUUCCUUUACGAAACGAAGGCGUUCGGGAUCAACUGCCUCCUUCCCUCUCGUGCCUGUACAAUUCCUGUUUUCUAACUCAUUAUUUUCGAAAAUAUGUCUCAGCAACUGGACUGCAAAGUUGCCGAUUGAGCAACUUUUGCAUUUGAUCUGGGUAAGCUCAUCAGUAGAGAUGUAUUGUUGCGGAAACGAAGGAGGGCGCACAGGAGGUGCGACGUCUUGUUCGUUGUCCGAGCCGGGCGAAGAAGCUCCACUGGAAGGAAGCGGUUUUACAGGGUUGGCAACCAUCGAUGGUGUGCUUGAAUUUAACGGCGCUUGAGGCCGUGUCGGGGUGUUAAUGGGGGUUGUGUUUUCCACGCGCGGGGAGGGUGAAACGGAAGGUGGCGGUGCUCCACUUGGGAGUUGUGUGGCGGAUGAAACUGGUGGCUGCUCAACUCGCGAGUUGUCACUGCUGCCCAGAUUGGUUGGUAGAGGGGCUACCGUUACUGUGUUGGGAAUGGUGUUUUGGAUUGGAAGGGAGCUCUGAAGCGCUGGGAAGAAUGCAAACAACUGCUCCAUGCCUCGCAUUAUUUUGUUCUGGUUGUGAAGAAUAGUUGCUUGGUUCACCAUUAUGGCGCGUUGGUUUUCCAAGAUGGCGGAAAAACGAUCUUGAUUUAGUGAUUCAUUUGGUUCCAUGGCCAUAUUUUGGACUCUGUCACUUGUUAGAACCGGUCAGUAAAUUAAUUCUGUUGUGGUAGAUGGACGUUGCGGGUAUUCACACCGGUUGGAAGCGUUUAUGACGUUGUGUUUUGACAACUGCGAGUAAAAUGGCGUCCACGAAAGUGAAUCGCGAGUAAACCCGCGUGAUUCGAUGCUGAGCUACCACGCGUCUCACGUGGUAACGCGCAAACGAGGGCGGAACUCAACGUCACGCAAUCAGACAGCAAAGGAAAGUGGAUAACUACGAAUCUUUCGGCAGUGAAGAUGCCGUUUUAAAAAUCCUUUUUAAUUUAUAUUUUUUUAUGUUUACUCCAUUUUUUGCCGAAAACUGUUACUUAACCAAAUUAGAAAACAAGAGAAAACAUUUUAAAAACAUUGUUCAGAUGGAAAAAAUAGUCAGUGGUGCCUGGUGACAAAAAUUUCAACAUUCUCCAUCUUUUAUCAUCCCUCAUUAAUUUUCCUGCCUCCAUAAUGCAACAAUGACUUAUAAAAGAUUAUCUGAAUUAUCAUUUCAUUCCAGAGUCAUUUAAAAAUUAAAUUUAUAAAAGUUACUAGUGAACCUUAUACUCUCAAAUUCCUUUAUUGCCAGCCAUGCAAUGCUUCAUCAACUUUGCAGGUAUAGAAGAAUUAGCUUAACAAAGACAAAAUUUGUGGUAAGCUAGCCAAAACAGCUAAGCUAAUCACUGUGAUCCUAUUAUAAAAGUAAUCACUCUAAUCCUAGUUUUAUAACUGUAAGCUAUGCUUUGUUUCUCCACAGCUUCAUUAGAUAUUGUACACUUGAUGAGUGCCGUGAUGCAAUUGCAAUGCUCCAUGGCCGUCUCCUUGGCAACAGCACCAUAACAGUAGAGUACGCAUCUGAGACUAAAGGAAGAAUGUCGUGUGAUGAUCCAGAUGAUGUACCUCAUGGCAGUAAGUGAUCUUUUAAAAUUUUCAUCCCAUGCAGGAGAUUCAUUUGAAAUUUAGAAAAUCUCUCAUGCAGUUGCAUAAAGGAGCUACUUUGUGCCCAAUUUUUGGGUUGUUUUUAUGGAACAGACAAAAUAAAUGGGAAAUUGGAGGACAGGAACUGCAAAAUGUUAGGUUGGAAAAAGAAAUAAAAUGGGAAGAAUAAAUGACAUAGGAAUGUUCAAAAUUGGUUACAUAAAAAGGUCUCAUGCAGUUGUAUUAAAGGAGCUGUUUUGUACCCAAUUUUUUUAAGUUAUAUUUUUGGAAUAGACAAAAUUACUGGAGGAUUGGAGGAGAAGAACUGCAAAAUGUUAGUGUGGAAAAAGAAAUAAAAUGGGAAGAAUGCACAAAAUAGGAAUAAUCAAAAUUGUUACACAAAAAAGAGAAAGUGAAGAAAAAUUUAAAAUGACCAUCAAAUGAAAACCAUCAGAAGAUAAGUUCAGUAAGAAGGGAAAAUAAAUACAUAUAUAUGUAUAUAUACACCCAUUUUCAAACUGUUGCAAUUUUAAAAAAAAUUUAUAUGCCUUUUGUUUUCUCAUAUAUAUAUAUAUAUAUAUAUAUUUAUAUAUAUAUAUGAAAACAUCAAAUUGGAAAGGUGAAACCAAAAUGGAAUAAUACAAGAACAGUUACAGUUGUAAAGAGAAGGUUGACAUUGAUUUAAAUAUGACCCAGCAGGAGGGAUACAAGAGCACAUUAGUUUGGCUAGAUGAAAAAUAAAACAAUCAAAAAAAAAAAUGAAAGAGUAACUUAAAAAGGAUAGUAUGCAAAUGGUAACAAUUGUAAGGAGAAGGUUGUCACAGAAAAUGACCAACAUUAGGAACUUAACCUAAAAUUUUCAAGAAACGCAAACCUUAAGGUACCAAGUUGAAAGGGUAUCACUAAGCAAAAGUGUAAAAUCUAGUUCUAAGAUUCUAACUCUUAAAACCUACAAACUCUCAUGCCUUGGGUGUGAUUCUCAUGCCUGCCCUUCAAAGACUCUGAUCUCACAUCGGCUCAUACCUGCUACCCAAUUUCUCAUGCCUAGCAAAUUAUAAGGGAAAGUUAUUUGACUUAUUUCUUGAUUGGUCUGCUACUUUCCUCACAGAGAGGGACAGACUUUUGAGAGAUGACUUCCCAAGACCAGAACAGUAUCGCUCUAUGUCUGAGGGGGAAUCUCAGGAGAAAAUGGUUCUUUGGAAAUUGCGUUGUUCUGCAAGGAGGCAGAAGACAUCAAGUACAGGAAAUAUGAUGGAUACACAAGGUAUUUUUCCUUUUCCAACUGUAAAGAUGGCUAUGUCUAAGGGGUCAAAUGCACUAAAACUUGUUGGGGCAUAUCCACAGUUUGUAUCGCAGGAGGUGACAAUGGCAACUUUGUUGGCUAUUUCUGGAUGAGAUGCUUGUCUACUGCAGUUAGGGUCAAGACUCUUGACAAUAUUGACCCACUUUUGUGUGUUUUACUUUCACAAAUUUCAAUCAAAAGGAUGUUUUUUUCAAGAUGGAGAAGAUCCUAUGCACAAUAACUUCUAAAAAGACAAAAAAGCAUUAAGACAUGACUCUAAGUGAAAGUUAAAGACUCCUGACUCAGAUAAUAGGCUUUGGGAAGUGACUUAAUCAGCACUUUCAUCAAUUAUAAAAUUCAUUAAAAAUUUCUAAUUCAUAUUUUAAUCCUCUCAAAGAAGAUAAUUUGAUCUACUUCCUCAGAAUGUGACAAAGAAGAAUCCCUGAUAAAUGCUCUUCAGGAAAUAGUAAAGAAAGUAAGCAGCCUUCCAGGUGACACCUUAGCCUCGCCCUGUGGAUCCGAGGGCACUCCUUGUUCACCUUGGAUUAUGAAGGAGAUAAAUGGGUGAGCUAAAUUUUAGUGGUGGAUCUAGGGAGACAAUCUGGAAUAAUGUCCUGACACCAACCCCCCCCCCCCCCCCAUAGACUUGACUGAAACUUAGGCUUUUCCAGUAACAAGAUCCCCUAUCACCUCUUAACUUGAAGAAUUAAAAAAUCUAAUUAUCUUGAAAACUUCAUAGGCUUGUUAAGCUUAUCAAGAACUCGUGUGUUUUCUGAAUCUUAGGCAGUCCUGUCAUUAACUCUAUACAUAUUAACCCUCUACACCCUAACAUCAGUAUUCAUAUUCUUCAUACUGCUCUCAAUACAUUUCCUAAGGGACUUGCAAGGAGAAUUUGUAUAACAAUCAAGGGCUUCUUAAAUCACUGAUUGUUUCCUUUAUUCUUCUGACCUUUGCAUUUGAUUCAAAGUUGAUCAUGUAGGGAGAAAUGAGAAGCCAGUCACUCUUAGGGGUUUAAGGGUUAAGGGUACAUAUUGAUAAAAACUUAAAAUGGAAUUGUCAUAUACAGAGUGUUUGUAAAAAGAUUGCCUCUGCCUUAGCUGCAAUUAAAAGAAUGAGCUAUCUUGUUCCUUUAAAUGUUCUGAAUUGAUUCGUGUAACAGCAUAGUCCAACUAGAUUUUGAUUAUUGCAGCGUUGUUUGAGGCAACUGCGGUUUUGGCCUUUGUGAAAAAAUACAGAAGCUUCAAGACCGCGCAGCCCGUAUUAUAUUGUAUGCAAGCAAUGAGGACGAGAUUGACGAGCUGUUCCAGGCACUCAGCGGGCGAAAACUUAGUCAUCAAAGACUGAUAGCCACCUCUGUUAUGAUGCUCAAUACUUUAUAUGGAUUGACCCGUGAAUAUCUACAAUCUCCAUUUAUAUUCCGAAAUGAUAUUACUUCACACCGACUGACGAUGCUGAUAAUAAAUUAUUGGUUGUUCCACAACCCCGCACCAACUAUUUGAAGAAAACCUUUUCCUGCAGGGGUGCUAUGUUCUCGAAUAGCCUUUCCCAUGAACUUCGAGCAACAGUUCCUUUAUGCGAAUUUAAAAUUAAAGUGCGUCAUUAUAGCUUUGUCUGAGACAUGGCAUCCCAGAAAUGCAGCUUUAGUGAUAUAAUAGGUCUUAUUCUUGUAAUACUGUAUUAAUAUAUUAUAAUAUAUUAACUGAAGGAUUUUAUCGUCUAUUAAUUAAGUUAUCUAUCUAUUUAUCUGUGCUUGUUUUCUCUUAAUUCAGCGGCGGUGAACAUCAUAUGUCCAACCAACAGUCAGUCGCAACACACUUUACCGAGGAGGGUUUACAAAGCCGUAGGAUUUACGAGCACAACGUGACUAACGGGACGAAUACAGAAUGUUUACGAAGCAUGGAGUUGACAAAUCAUCAGGAAGUUUUUCAAUACACGGAUAGCCAACUUAUCUCAGGAAGACCUUGUGAAGCUGACGCACUGCAUUCAAGAAACUCUACACUUACGCUCUCUCCACUCAAACGCUAUGAUUCAGUAGGCAGCCCUGGCAUGAGAGUCUCUCAGGGAAGGUACUUCUCCCCAAGCAGCUCUGAUGAAACAUCAUCUCCAGGGAGGUACACUUCCCCGAUAGGCCAAGAUUUUACUCCUUCUCCGACAAUCUAUACAUCUCCAAGCUGCCCAGAUGUGACUCCUUCGCCAAGACGAGGUGAUACCUCACUCAGUGAAGUAGAAACCAGCGGCUCUUUCAGUUUCGGCUCACUGUCGCUAAAGAAACCCCUCAGGCAAGAUUGCAAUAACUGCCAUGAAGAGAUCACAAGCAAUGUAUUAAAUUCGAGCCACGCGGGAAGCACACCAUCUCCUUGCCACUCGUGUGCGUCUUCUUUGAAUGGCAUGGAACUCUGCUCUUUUGAAUCUGAUAGGCAUUACAACGAACUAGGGCCAGAGACUUCAGGAGAGUCGCCAGUGUCUUUUAAAGUACCCCAUCAGGAUCAAACGGGUGCUGCUGUGACUACCAUAAAUGGAGAAGUAGUUCAAGAUUUUAAGGGUGUAUCACCGCGACAUGAUCAAAUAAAGGUUCAUGAUACCUUUGUUCAGAUAGGAAAAGAAUCAGAUUCAGUGCCGACAAAAACGCCUCCUGUUCAAUGUCUUCCACGAGAACAUCCUCUUGAAGUUGAGAAGAACACUUACCCGGCUUCUUUGAAACCACUGUCCCCUAAUAAUGCAACGGUUCCUCUUUCAUCCGUUCCUGCUUUACUUCCGGCUGAACUUGUGUCUCCCGCGGGCUCGAGCACAGUGGGACCGCAUGUAUCACCGCCAAUCGAUCCUGGUAGUGGAUCGGAUCCUCCUACAGGCGCUACUGCUUCAUGCACACCAGAGCCUGUUUCUUCUUCAAACUCAAGCACGGUAAGACCCCUCAUGAAACAACAAUUAUUCUCCAACCCUUCCCAUGGGCCUCAUGGACCCCAUGGGCCACCCCAGCGUAUUCAACCAAUGCCGGUAAGCAUGGCUUCCAGAUUCCAACACCCUGACUUUCCGAGGCACCAGUCGGGUAAUUUGCCAUUUUUGCCUCCUGCUGUCUUCAACCCAGGGAUGUUUCCAGGAUGGAAUGCUGAUGCUUUUCUUCAACAGCAGCUUCUGGCGUCGAGGCUGCCGUUUGGACCACCAUUUUACGCAGGAAUGCGUGUAAUUCAACCAAAUAGUCCAGUAUCUUUGCCCUUACAGGAGCUCCGAACUUCUCUGGGGCGAUCCAACAGGGGUGCAGCAGGGAGGGGACGAUCAUUUGCACCAAGAUUUCCCAAUGCAAAUCUUGGAAAUAUUAGAACUCGUGGCGAAAUUGAGAAUAGUGAGUUACCUUCAACGACGAACUUGCAGGAAACCUCUUCCGUGAGGAACACUUCAGACACACCUGAAGAUUAUACUCCCACUUUAUCUCAGAAUCAGAAAACCAAACUUGAAUCAGCAAACAUCGACCCUUUGCCGCUUUUCAAGAGCACACCGUAUUGUAGCCGUAACAAAAUUGACGAGGAAACAUCUUUGACUCAAAGUCCAGGAAGCAGUAAUUCUCCUCCGGACGGAAGCUGCUUUGAUGGUUUGGCAAAAGAGUCGGGAGAAGGGACUGAGUUUCGACGCUUUACACACGUACGUCAGGAGGCUGACGAUCAAGGAAGAUUCAAUGCUAAGGAUGUGAAGCGAGUUUCAUCUUCAAGCGGCAUCUUAGAAAGUUUGGAAAACGAGAUGCAAAACUCUGAUGUGAAGAGCUUAUCUCCAAGUAAAAUGACACAGAGUGAACUGCGUCUCAAAGAGCAAAAGGUGAGUUUUUGAGAGAUGUUUCCAUUUGUCAGUGUGUUAACAAACUGAAAGCGAGGGACAAAUAGGUCGUUGGCUGGGAAGUGACGAUUACACCUAACCGUUUUCGCCUCUGACAGUAGUAUACUUAUUCUCGACAUCGUUUUUAUCCGUUUCUUUUGGUGCUGACUUGGAGAUUUUGUUUGAAAAUGGAGAGCUUUUCUAGUCGGUUGUAAUCUCCUCUGGUUGGGUUGAAGGCUUUAGUUACUUUAAGUCUUACAGGUAAACUUUAAACUUCCCACUUUAAAUUUUCGCGUAAGAAAUACAAGUACUCUUCUUUUUUGGAAAUUUUUCUUUCUCGACAAAACACAACUGAGCAUUCUUAAAUCAUAGUUGGAAUAAUGUCCGUGACAAAAUUCACUUGCUUAUAAGUGGAGAUAUUAAAAGAGUGUUACAGGAGUCUUAUUUGUUUGUGUUGUGUGUCAGUGUUUCUAAUCUUUGUAGCCUUCACCUUAUCCAAAAGUUUUCUUUGUUUUAGAAUGAGUUGAAAAGGAUCGUCUGUGAGAAUGAAACAAUGCGUCGGAACAUAGACUGGACGAAAUCCAGAGGAAUGGCGGGUAACAGGUAUCCCAAAAAAAAAAUUGGAAAGAUUGUCAAUCUGUUUUCUCUUGUUGUUCGCUGUGGUCUCAUCGUUAAACCGAAAAUUCGCAACACACUGGAGCUCGAAUCCUCACUAGGAAGUUAGAGCAUUUUUGUUUAGCGCUCUGGACGAAUCUCUGUUCAUUAGAUUUUUGGUCGUUGUUGUUUUUUAAUUAGAGAAAUUUUCAAUUGAGUUUCGAAAGCAACCCGAAUUGCAUCGGUUUUGCUUUACUUCGCUCUGUGAUUGGUCUAAAAACGCACGCCACUCUCAACCAAUCAGAUACAAAACUCAAACUAAUCACGACAUGAUCACCGGCGUUUUCCCGCGCUUUAGGCAUGUCAGUGCCGACAAAAAAGGCCUCCUAUUCAAUAUCGUCCACGCGACCAUCCUCUGGAAGUUAAGAAGAACAAUUACCCAGCUUCUUUAAAACCUCUGUCCCCUAAUAGUGCAACGGUUCCUCCUUCAUUGGCCCCUGCUUCUCUCCGGAAUGAACUUUUGUCUCCCUUAGACCCAAGCAAAACAGCGCUUAACGUCUUAACACUACAACUUUAUGAAUGCAAUUUUUGUGUGAACUUUUAGGGAAGAAGAAAGUCAGCUCAAAGAAGAAAUUAGUGUUAAAGAGUUCUUUUUACAAAAGGAAAAGGAAAUAUUUGUUUUAAGGUACAAUAUUACAAGAAUUACAUCUGUUUAUUUAUACUUGAGUCUUCUUAACCCUUUACACCCUAACAUCAGUUGGCACAUUCUCCAUACUGCUCACCUUAUAUUUCCUAAGAUGCUGCCAAAGAGGAUUUGUUUUACAAUCCAUAGCUUCGUUAGUGGCUGAUCAUUUUCUUUAUUCUCGUGAUCUUUAUGCGUGAUUUGUAAGGAGAAAUUAGAUGCUAGGGCUAUUGAUAGAGUUGACUUUACCUUGUGAAGGGUCUUUUCUCUGUUUUACUUGUUACUGCUUCACAGAAAUCAAGAGCAAGAACUUUUGUUUGAAAGAGAAAAGUUAGAAGCUGCCUUUGAUCAACAACUAAAGAAACAGGUUGGUAGAACGAAAUUACUGGUCGGUUAUUUACACGAGGUCUAACCCGAACCACGGUUUUACGCAAUCAAUGGGCCUCAGAGGCUUAAAAGGGUUGAUUUUAUUGAUUUAAUGUCCUUCGACUGUUAGCUUUAUGCCCUCUUGACGCUGUUCACAAAAAUUUAAUGUUCAGAUAAAAGGUUCAGCUAAAUUGAUGGUUGUUUUGUCUACACGGCUACACUUUGUUCAAAAACUCAGACCAUGUAGUCUCAGACAUCUGAAUUUGCUGAAAAUGAUGUGUGUGGUCUUUUAACCUUUUAAAUCCUAACAUCAGUAUUCACGUUCUCAAUUCUUUCCUCUUUACAUUUACUUUGGUUCUGACUGUGAGAAUUUGUUUAACAAUCAAAGCCCCCUAGGUUGGUGAUCAUUUCCUUUAUUUUCGUGAUCUUAAUCAAUGAUUCAGCAAUAUUACAGUACGAAGAAGUAAGGUGCUGGUCACCCUCAGGGUUUAACGAGUUAAUGAACUGUACCAAUUUGCUAAGGUGAACAACCGGAAGUCGUCUGAUCCUAGUGUUUGCUUCCGUCUCCUUGGAGAGAGUUUUUAGAGUUAUAUAGAUUGUCACGCAACACCGCUGUAUCUUCAACCCAUGUGAGUCACGAAACUUUUCAGCGUGGCGGUUUAAGACAGGCGAGACACUACAUAAUUAUACAUUUUUUUUUUUUUUUUCUGUUUCAGCUCGAGACAGAACAAAAGAUUGGUAAAACAGAGAACAAGAUUCAUCUAGCAAAAUUGGAGAAUGAGCUCCUAAGACUGUACCAGGAUCUCUAUGGAUACACUGUUAUCUAUUAG